AUGGCCGAGAUCAGCCAAAGGGUUCGGUCAUUGGAGACGGUGUUGGAGGCCAACACGAAGCAGCUGGCGGAGAACACGAAGCAGCUUGCGGAGACCACGAACCAGGUUGCGAGGAUGACGACCUUGUUGGCGAUUUUCGUAAAGGGGAAGGCGAAGAAUGUGGCUGUGGAUGUGGCGUUCCCAGUCACGUCGGAGGAAGAUCUGGUGGCUUUAGAUCAGAACAUAAGCUCAGGGUCCCAAGAACGCUACAUGGAAGCAAUAACAAAAAUUUUUAAAAGCAACAAUUUGUCAAAGGCAAUAAAGGGCGUUUUGUCAGUAACGCUCUUGUGCGCCUACAACAUAGACGGCCUAAACGGGAAAAAGUCUUUAAAAGCAUUUCCCAAAUUCUUUUCCGUUCUGAUUGAUAGCAUAAGCACAUUAGAAGGCCAGCAGCCAGCAGAGAAGGCCUUGGCCCACGCACUGGCAUGUGUAAAAAAUAAUGCAAACAAAAAAAGGAAAAAA